AUGUCUAUAUAUCCCACCAGCCUUCCCAGCCUACCCUCACUCGCGACAUCAUCCGACGCCUCACCAAGUGGCCCUCUCGCUUCAGCGCUAGCCACGCUCUUCGAACCCUCUCCAGUCCUCUACUCCGACCUCGUCCCCGCCCUCCUCAACUCGUCACCAGACAUCUACACGUCAUAUGGCACGCUCGUCGACGCCGCCGUCGCGUCGAUCAAGCAAUGGCCGCGGGAGAAGCAGGCCGCGUUCAUCGGCGCGCAUCCGCGCAUCGGCGAGGUAUCCGGCUUGAGCGCGCUUAGCGCUGCCGAGCAGGCAUCAAAGCAGACGCCACCUGAGGUCCUAGAGCGCUUAGCGAAGCUUAAUGCGCUGUAUGAGGAUAGGUACGAGGGGCUGAGGUAUAUCACGUUCGUGAAUGGACGGAGCAGGAAGGAGAUUAUGGAGGAGAUGGAAGUUAAGUUGGGCGUGGGGAGCGGAGAGGAUGUUGUGGUUGGAGAGGACGAGGCGGGGAGGGUGAAAAUCGAGAGCGAUGAGUGGGAGAAGGAGGUGAGGAGGGCGGUUGAGGAUGUGGGGAGGAUAGCAAAGGCGCGGUUGAGGAACAUGGGCUUCGCGGCGGAUGCGGCGGCUAGCUGA